UUUUAAUAGCUGACAGCUAGCAGGGUGAAUACGUGCUCGGUGUCUGAUGUAUCAGGGUACAGGGUAAUUGGCCACGAAGUUUGUCUAUCUUCUCUAUUUGGGGAUUGCCGAGUUAAAGUUGCUGUUUGCCGCGCAUGCGCAGAAAACGAUUCCGUUAGCUGUCAGAGGAGUUUUCCUCCCCGUCGUGGACCAAAACUCAGCGCAGCGAGCAGCGGCUAGCUUCUUUAAAUGUAUUCACAGUGUAAGGGAAACAACACACUGCGAACUAAUGGACUUUUAAAACAACAACGAUGUAUAUGGCGAGCUGUUUUCGAAGACUUGAGGUCCGUGAGUACAAAAAACACUAUCGUCGUUACCACACACACUAACGGUAACUUUAACGUGAACGUAACCCCCCCUAACGGCUGCUGAAGUUCGGGACCUUUAAAAGUUGGCACUGUCCUUCAAGAAGAGUAUUAUUUACAGAUUUUGUACAUUGUAUUAAUUAUAACAGCAUGUUUGCGAGUAACCAUCAACUAUGGUAGUCACUCUAAUGUAGCGUAUUAGAGCCGGAGCAAGACGGGCUAUAAAGGAGCUGGACAGGUAGCCCUGUUGCGAUGGGCAACCGCGGGAUGGAGGACCUGAUCCCGCUGGUCAACCGCCUGCAAGACGUCCUUAGCAGCGUGGGACAAAGCUGCAGCCUCCACCUGCCGCAGAUCGCUGUGGUGGGCGGCCAGAGCGCAGGCAAGAGCUCCGUGCUGGAAAACUUUGUGGGCAGAGACUUCCUUCCACGGGGUUCAGGCAUUGUCACUCGCAGACCUUUAAUUCUCCAGCUGCUGAGUGCUAACACAGAGUACGGUGAAUUUCACCAUUGUAAGGGAAAGAAGUUCACAGACUUUGAUGAGAUCUGCAAGGAGAUCGAGGCAGAGACAUGCAGACUCACUGGAUCAAAUAAAGGCAUCUCUCCUGUCCCCAUCAACCUACGGAUUUAUUCACCACAUGUGCUGAACCUAACUCUUGUGGACCUGCCUGGCAUUACCAAGGUGCCUGUAGGCGACCAGCCGACAGACAUAGAGUACCAGAUACGAGACAUGAUCAUGCAGUUCAUCUGUAAGGAAAACUGUCUCAUCCUGGCUGUGACGCCAGCCAACACUGACCUGGCCAACUCUGAUGCACUCAAACUGGCUAAAGAUGUUGACCCACAGGGCCUGCGCACAAUUGGUGUAAUUACUAAGCUGGACCUGAUGGAUGAAGGAACAGAUGCCCGGGAAAUACUAGAGAACAGGUUGCUUCCCCUACGCAGAGGUUAUAUAGGGGUGGUGAACCGGAGUCAGAAGGAUAUUGAUGGAAAAAAGGAUAUUAAUGAAGCUCUGCUUGCAGAGCGGAAGUUCUUCCUGUCCCAUCCAGCCUACAAACACAUGGCUGAAAACAUGGGCACACCAUAUUUACAAAGAAUGCUUAACCAGCAACUGACAAACCACAUCCGGGACACAUUGCCAGCCUUCCGUUGUCGUCUGCAGAGCCAGCUUCUGGCCUUGAACAAAGAGGCUGAAGAGUACAGACAAUAUAGUCCUGAUGACCCUGCACGCAGGACUAAGACACUUCUACAGUUAGUUCAGCGCUUAUCUGUUGACUUUGAGAAGCUAAUCGAGGGCUCAGGCGACAAAGUAGACACCGUGAAUCUGUCAGGAGGAGCUAGGAUCAACCGAAUCUUCCAUGAGCGCUUUCCCUAUGAACUGAUUAAGAUUGAGUUUGAUGAGAAGAAGCUGCGGCGGGAGAUCAACUAUGCCAUCAGAAACAUCCAUGGUGUCAGGACAGGUCUGUUCACUCCUGACAUGGCCUUUGAGGCCAUAGUGAAGAAACAGAUAUUAAGUCUAAAGGGGCCGUGUAUUAAAUUAGUUGACAUGGUCAGUCAAGAACUAAUCAACACUGUGUGCCAGUGUAUCAACAAGCUCAGUUCCUUUCCCAAACUGCAUGAUGAGACAGAGAGAAUUGUAACCACCGAAAUACAACAGCAAGAGAGUAAAUGCAGGGACCAGGUCUUGUUGCUCAUUGACAUACAGCUUGCCUACAUAAAUACCAAACAUGAGGAUUUUAUUGGCUUCACAAAUGCCCAGCAGACGAACAACCAAAGCAAAAAGAAGGUUGUUGCAGGGAUGACGGGAAACCAGGGUGUGGCCCCUCUUUCAACCCUAAUAGUCGUACGCAAGGGCUGGCUGACCAUCAGCAACAUUGGCAUCAUGAAAGGUGGAGCCAAGGAAUACUGGUUUAUUCUCACUGCCGAGAGCCUGUCCUGGUUCAAAGAUGAUGAGGAAAAGGAGAAGAAGUACAUGCUUCCUCUGGACAACUUAAAGCUCAGAGAUGUGGAGAAGGGCUUCAUGUCCAGCAAAUUUGUCUUUGCGAUCUUCAACACAGAGUUAAGGAACGUGUAUAAGGACUACAAAUGCCUGGAGUUGGCCUGUAACUCUCAAGAGGAGCUGGACAGCUGGAAGGCUUCUCUGCUACAGGCCGGAGUCUACCCUGAGAAAAUCACUGUGGAUGGGCAGGGAUCUCCUGAAAACUUCACAGACCCCCAGCUGGAGCGUCAGGUGGAGACCAUUCGUAACCUGGUUGACUCCUACAUGAGCAACAUUUAUAAGACCAUGAAGGACUUAAUGCCAAAGACCAUUAUGCACCUCAUGAUCAACAGCGUGAAGGAGUUCAUUAGCUCUGAGCUCCUGGCCCAGCUCUACGCUCUGGGAGAAUGCUCUGCGCUGAUGGAUGAGUCACCAGAGCAGCAGCAGCACCGGGAGGAAGUGCUCUGCAAACACACUGCCCUGAAGGAGGCGCUUGCUGUCAUUGGAAAUAUCUCCACCUCCACCUGCACCACCCCUCUGCCUCCACCUGUAGACUCCUCCUGGAUACAGUCCUCCAGCCUGACACCCCCUAAAAAGUCAGUGACCAGUGGCAAGGCAGUGUUUCGUGGCCAUGCCCCAUGCGUUCCUCGGUCGCCCACUCACACUGCACCCAGUGCUUCACCGAGCCCUGAUGGCCUUCAGCAGCUCGCUGGCCAACCUAACCGUGCUCCACCAAGUGUGCCAAGGAGGCAUCCUCCAGCUAUUCCAAAUGUCCUUUCUGCUCAGAACUCCAUUACCCAUCUACCCCGGUGAUCCUUCCAGCUGCCACUGACUGCUUACCCAGAGACAGCCAAUGACCUGUGUGAUGUUUAAUCCAGCUGAAACACUAUGCUGGCCCUCUGUCUGUCUCCUCUGGGAGCUGCUGUCUGCUAAAUUCACCAAUCCUAAGCCUGUUUUGUACAUAAUAUCAUUAGCCACAAAUGCUGGAAUGUGCUCCACUGUCUGCUGACUUUUCUCAAGUGUUGUUGUAAAUAAAAUACCAAUUUUUAGUUAUUCUACUAAAACUGAAUACACAUGCACUAUUUUUAUUGUGUUUGAAUAAACAGGUGUUUUUAUGUACAUGAUUUCUUAUUAUUUCAUGGUUUGAUAUGAAAAAAAUGUUUGCAUUUCCAAAAUAAACCUUUACUACCCUCUUGUAGCCAGUAGCAGGUGUGUCAGCAGUUUGCUAAGAUCCAGGGCUCUUGUGUAGGGAUCUCCAGCAAAGUGAAGAUGACCAUCGCGAUUUCAGUUUGAUCUUUACAUCACUAUUAAAUACUACCCACAUGGAAAGAACCUAUAUGAGGAUAUAUGCGCAUAUAUGAAACCUAUAUGCAGUUUAUAUGCACAUAUAUGCUGCAUAUAUACAGCAUAUAUGCACAUAUAUGAUAAUAUAUAUGCUGCAUAUAUGCGUAUAUAUGCAGCAUAUAGGCAAAAUUAAGGUGCAUAUACAGGCUAUAUAGGUCUCCGGUAUUGCUUCUUUAUAUCCACAUAUAAGCCCUAUAUGUGGAUGCAAGAUAUGUCUCCUAUAUAGCUCAUGACAGGAUCUGGUCAUUUUGUAGCUCAUAUCUCACUUUGGCAACUGUCAUACAUGAUGCCUAGCUCAUAUUUUCUAUUAUCAAGGCAAUAACUAAGAACUAAAAGAAAAUUAUGCAAGGACUUAUGUAUGUGCGAACACGUGAAAUUGGUAUCACAUGUAAUUGGCAUGUUAUGGAAUUUAACAAUUAAGUGAGAGGAGAUGGAAAGCUAUGAUGUCUACAUGUUUUCCUGAAACAUUUACAAGGUCAAUUCUUUCUUGUAUAAAGAUAGUGGAAAAGAAGGAAAUGUAUAACAAAAUGGUUUGUUGUUUUUUUAUUUUGUCAAUCAAGCCUUUUUUCCCCCCAAUUUCAAGUCACUUCCAGAUUCACAUUACAGCUCAUACACAUCCACACAGUCACCGUUACAUCCACCAAAUGCAAUGCAAAAUGCAAUGUUUUCUGUAUUGUCUUAAUGCAGUUUCUAGAUGAAUUUGGCUGAAAGGUCAUUAGUCUAAAUGUAGCAAAAAAAACAAAACAAAAAAACAAAAGUACAUAGAACAUACAUUCAAGUAAUCAUCAUCAUCCCACAUCUAUCUGAGCAUUUCACUGUGGUUAAUGAAUUUGAAGACAAUGUCAACAUUUCUGUUCAGUUAUUUGUCUUAUUUUUGUUCUUGUACUAUUUGAUUGUUCUUAAGUUAAUAAAUAAUGUAAAUUUCUA